CACUUUAUUCUACGGAGAGUCACGAGCGUUCGAAGUUUGUCGGGGUGGGAGAGGAAGGCGCGAGGGAGCGCGCGCCGUAACUGAGUUCGUCGACGUUCCACGCGAAGCUUGGCCGGAGCCGCGCGUCUCUCGGCUGAGCACUGUCUCGUAGGUUCUGGCAUACGCCGUCCUCCCGAAGGGUUUAUGUUUCGGGCUCGCAGAGCUCCACGCCAGCUAGUAAGCUAGCGGGCUAACUGUGAAAGGGGAAGUGGAGCUGUGGGGAGGUGUUUUCUUCACUCCGCUCUCGGCGGCGACGGACAGUUUGCUAGCCUAGCUUCUGUGGCUAGCCUCGCUAACGCUACACACCCACUUUUAACAGCUCUCCACAUUUGUCGCCGACACAGGCUAAAUUCGUGCCAGCUACGAAGCCACGGAACUGAUCUAAGCGCUGGUCAGGCGUUACUGAACCCCGGCUUGUGCUGUUCGUUAACGCUGUCUCGUUGACCAAAUUGUCUACAAAUUGUGUCUGAAGUCUUGUUAGCUGGCUAGCACUACUGACUAAAUCUGCAGUUUGGAAUCCUAGUGAGUAGCUACCUGCUAGCUAGCGUAAACGACAUUAUUGGUAAACGCUAUUGUUAAGUUACGUCAAAACCGUGACAAAACAGGUUUCCACACUGGGGGGAAUCUGAACACCAGCUACGCGUUUCUGCUGUGCGUGUGUACUUCUGCGAUGGUACUCCAGUGAGUGCUGGACCUCUGCACAUCUCGGGACGUUGCAGGACAAAGAGGGGAGAUGAGCAGAUAGAAGUUUCCGUCCUUCUAUGUGAUUUGAACUGUCUGUGCUGGCCACUCGGGAAGGCCGAAGAAUAUAGAAGCAAGAAUGAAAAAGUUUUCGCGCAUGCCAAAGUCCGAGAGCGGUGGACUCGGAGGAGGCUCUGGGUCCGGGUCUGGUACCGGGGGCAGCAACUUCAUAGGGAGGAUCUUUGCUAUCGGACGAUACCAAGUCACCGUGGAUGAGCUCAUUGCGGAAGGCGGUUUCUCGAUGGUGUUCCUGGCCCGCAGCUACAGUGGUGUUCGCUGUGCCCUGAAGAGGAUGUACGUGAACAACGUGCCCGACCUGAACGUCUUCAAGCGGGAGAUCACGAUCAUGAAAGACCUUUCGGGCCACAAGAACAUCGUGACUUACCUGGACUCCACCAUCAACGCGGUAGGAGACAGCGUGUGGGAGGUGCUCAUUCUAAUGGAGUACUGUAAAGCGGGCCAGGUGGUGAAGCAGAUGAACCGGCGCCUGCGCGCAGGCUUCACGGAGGCCGAGGUCCUCGCCAUCUUCUGUGACGCGUGUGAGGCUGUGGCCAGACUGCACCAGUGCAAGACGCCCAUCAUACACCGGGACCUGAAGGUGGAAAACAUCCUCUUGAGUGACCAGGGGAACUACGUCUUGUGCGACUUUGGAAGCGCCACCCACAAGGUGUUGCACCCGCUCCGAGAUGGUGUGACCGCCGUGGAGGAUGAGAUUAAAAGAUACACAACCCUGUCAUAUCGAGCCCCAGAGAUGAUUAACCUGUACCAAGGGAAAGCCAUCACCACCAAGGCUGAUAUCUGGGCACUUGGAUGCUUGUUGUACAAGCUGUGUUUCUUCCAGCUCCCAUUUGGGGAGAGUCAAGUUGCCAUAUGUGACGGAAUCUUCAGCAUUCCGGAUAGUUCCAAGUUUUCCUUCAAACUGCACUGCCUGAUCAGAUACAUGCUGGAGCCUGAUCAGGAAAAGAGACCAGACAUCUACCAGGUCUCCUACUUCGCCUUCAGAUUAGCGGGGAGGGAGUGCCCCGUGCCAAACCUGUGUAGCUCUCCCGUCCCCACCUCGCUGCCAGAGCCCCUGACGGCCAGUGACAUUGCUGCUAAGAAGAGCCAGACCAAAGCCAGGCUCAUGGAGGUGGCGGGCCCCACGGAAACCUCCAUCGCGCCCAGGCAGCGGCCCAAAGCGGCCGGCAGCAACGUGCUGACACUGCCCAACUCCGUCACGCCCGUCAAAAUGACCACAGCCCCCUCCGCGCCGGUCCCCAACGGCCAGAAAGCCGCAGGGAGUGGACAACAGGCAGCUGUGCAGAUGCAGGCCAGUAAUCAGCAGAACAGAGUCUUACAGCAGCUGCAGCCUGGGGACCUGAGACUGCAGCAGAUCCAUCAGCAACAGCAGCAGCAACAACCACAUCAUCAUCAUCAUCAUCAUCAUCAUCAUCAUCAUCAGAACAUGCACCACCAGCAGCAGGUCAAUGCACAGCAGCUGCAGUACAUGCAGUAUCAGAGCAUACAGAUGCAGCACAUGCUCCAGCAGCAGAUGCUGCAGCAGCCGUCCCUGUAUCACCCACAGCAGCAGCAGACGCAGCACUACGCCGCCCUGCAGCUGCAGCAGUACCACCAGACCUUUGCUGCCCAGCCGCAGCAGUGUGCUAUUGCCCAGCAGGUGCCCUACGUCUCCCCGCUGGAGUUCCAGGUCCCCCCGGGCUCCUACAGCCCCGCCGCGCCCUCCCCUGCAGACCUGCCGUUCGCCAACGCCAGGAUGGCCGCGCCUGUCCCGGAGAUAGUCAGCCCCAGUCUUCCACCUGUCAAUAACCCUCCGGACAUGUCGCGCUGGAACCCCUUCGGAGAGGACAACUUCUCCAAGCUAACGGAAGAGGAGCUGCUGGAUAGGGAGUUUGACCUUCUGCGAGCAAAGAAGCCUGUGGAGAGAGUCGCCAGCAUAGAGGCCGGUGGUGCAGACCGCCAGCAGGGGGUGCCGCAGCCCCUGCUGCCCGAGGACCUCUUCGGCUCGGUGCCCUUCGUGGCCAACGCAGGACCUGAUGUGCACACAACGGAGCAAUCAAAUACAGAGGCCCCUUCUGCCACAGCUGGACUAGCUGUGCUGGAAGAGGAUGUCCAGCUACCUGCCAAGGAGGAUGAGCCUGCAAAAAAGUGCACCUCCCCUGGCCUAGAGCCUCGCAAACCUGGGGAGGAGUCGGACAGUGACUUUGAGUCAGAUCCGCCUUCUCCCAAAAGCAGCGAGGACGAGGAGGUAGAGGAGGACGAGGGUCUGAACAGCGAGCAUGAAGACACCGAGCCAGAGAACCUUGGCCAGAGGCCACUGCUCAUGGACUCCGAGGAGGAGGUCGAGGAAGAAGAGGACAAGCACAGCUCCGACUCUGAAUGCGACCAGAGGAAGGCAAGAGGGAGGCUGCCAGGUGACGAAGCUCUGACGGUCGGCAAGAGAACCGCCAGAGGCGACGCUGGAGCCAGCGUCAUCACCCCUCCUGCUCCGCCUGCCGCGGCCCUGCCUGGCGCAAGCAACAUCGACGUCUUUGGCGCCGUGCCCUUCGGCAGCGGGCAGCCCAAAGCGGUGCCAGAAAGUCUAGAUGUAUUUGCCCAGGCCCCCUUCAGGCAGGCAAGCCAGGAAAACACCACAGAGGAGUUUGACGUGUUCACCAAAGCCCCCUUCAGCAGGAACCUCUCCAAGUCCAGCAAGAGUGGUGACCCUUCCUCGGGCCAGACGCCCCCCGUUUCCCCAGCCAGCGUGGACGUGUUUGGCUUCACGCCCUUCCAGCCCAGCCACGCAGGACCCGCCUCCAGAAGCCAGGAAGACCUCUUCAGCCAAGCGUCGUUCGACGAGGCGCAAAGCCCCCAGCAACAGCGAGCGAAGCAGCGCAGCCUCCAGAAGCUCUCAUCCCGACAGAGGCGCACGAAGCAAGAGGCCAACGGUGCCAACGGCAAGCGCCACCACAGCACACCCACAAGCGGCAGGAAGAGCAACAAGCCCAGCUUCCGCACCCCUGAGCGCGCCCGUCGCCACAAAAAGGCAGGCAGGAGGGACUCACAGAGUAGCAACGAGUUCCUCAGUGCCUCCAAAGAGAACAUCAGCAUCACGCCGAUGGGUGAGGUUAAGGACAAGGGCACGGCCCUGUCUUCCGAAGAGCCCCUGCUGGAUCCCUUCGGUGCCAAGCCUUUUCACCCGCAGGAUGGCGUACGCCACGGCCAGCUCCCGGGUCUGGGGGACAACAAAAGUGACCUCCACUCGGCCAGUAGCAGAUCACGGACUGGUUCGCUACAUGCCACUUUUGACGGGAACAAAAUGGAUGACUUUGGGGCUGUGCCCUUCACUGAAUUAGUGAUCCAAGGUGGGACUCAGCAACCCCCGCAAAUGGAUCUCGACCCCUUUGGUGCCGCACCAUUCCCCUCAAAGCAGUGAUGAGCGCUUCUUCCGUCACACACAGAGUGCACUCGCGCAAAUGCUGCUACGUUAUGCAAAGUCAAAGCGACCUUUUGAAAUUUACCUAACAGAUGGCAGCUUUGUGGUGUGAUCUCAGUCUGUGUCUCAACAGAUCACAGGCCUUUUAGAUUUAAAAAAAAAAAAAAAAAAAAAAAAACUUUUACAGCUUUGAAACUAUUUUAAUACCUAACUUGACAUUGGAGUAACACUUUUUCCUGAACUUGACUUGAACCUGUGUGGAUGUCUUUUUAAAAAAAUAAUUUUUUAGGCUUUUUAUGCAUUAUUUUUAGUCUACCCGAUUGCUGAGAAGCCUUUUAUGCUGCGUCACAAAAUGCUCUGAGAAAACAUUAGUGAAAACAGCUGACAACACGCUAUCCUUUUUGUCUUUAGUAGAUUCCAGAUUUAGCAGUGUACUAAAUUUAAGUGCGUGCUCAAUCGUGGCCCGCCACGUUGUCAGUGGUGCCCGGUAGGUUGUUGCUUCCUGCAUGAUCUACGAGGUUAGUUUCCCACCAUAUUGCCUUACAUGGGUAUGCUCCACCAUGCUUCACUGUACCUCACACGAAUGACUGUUGUGGCACCUCUGAGUCACCAUUUUAGUGUAGGCCUUUGCCAUACUUCUUUUAUGUACCAUUUUCUAUGAAUAGCAGAGCAUUUUAAGUGCAUUUGAUAAACUGAGAUCGUACAGCUGUGUUGACCCCUGGUUUUCCCCCUAAAGUGAAAAGGGAUUCACUCUGACACUGAGCUUAUGCCAUGUGGCCAAUGUCAUUAAACCUUAAGUACAACAUUGCGAACACCUACACUGAUCUGAACGCAAUAUUCAAAAUGUCAAUAUGUGGACAUACCUCCUGUAAUGUCCAUACACAAAAAUACUCAAAGGAAACUACAAUCAUGAAUAGAUGGCCCUCUUCAAUAAGGGAAACAACUUGAAUGUAUUUAUUCCGUUUUUUGUUGUUGUUGUUGCAGAGAAAGGCCUUGGAUUGAACCUGCAAAAAAAUAAGGCACCACCAUGGGAUACAAACUUCACUGGAAAUCAGGGGGGAGGGCAAUUUACAGUAUAUUUGGAAAAAAUGUUGUUUUAUAGCACUUGGCACACUAUCAUUGACUAAACCACUUUUUUAAGCUUCUUUUUACCAAUUUAACUUUUAACAUUGCAAUACAUACUGUCUAUUUUUUCUUUUAUCUUGCUACAUUGCUAUAUAACAAUGCAAUAAAAUAUUGACUUUUUUUUGAA